GAAAGGAGGUGGGGAGGUAGUGGCCCGCGACUCUCUGAGCUCCGCUCGUGUCCCGGCCUUUCCCGGGCGCUCGGCCUCCUUCUUUCCCUCCUCCGUUCUCCUCGUCUUUCGUACGCGCCGAGCGCUGCGCUCGGCCGGCGUGCCUCGCGCCCUAACGGGCGGCCGGGGGCGCCAAUCAGCGGGCGGCAGGGUGCCAGCCCCGGGGCUGUGCCGGCGAAUCGGCGGGGCUCGCGGCCCGGGGUGGGAGGCGGGUCUACCGCUCGGCCGCGGCGGCGGAGGAGCAACUCCCAGCCAGCAGCCAGCGAGCGCCGAGCGAGCCUCCCGGAGCCCCUCAUCCCAUUCGGAAGAGGAAGGAACAAAAGGUCCCGGACCCCCGGCUCUGACGGGGCGGGACCCGGAGCCUCGGUCCAGGUUAGAUUAAGGAGGAUAUUUUCUUAGAGUGGAUCGCUGCCUUUGGUAAGAACAUGUCGUCCAUCUUGCCAUUCACUCCACCAGUUGUGAAGAGACUGCUGGGAUGGAAAAAAUCAGCUGGUGGAUCUGGAGGAGCAGGUGGUGGAGAGCAGAAUGGACAGGAAGAAAAGUGGUGUGAGAAAGCAGUUAAAAGUUUGGUGAAGAAGCUAAAGAAAACAGGACGAUUAGAUGAGCUUGAGAAAGCCAUCACCACUCAAAAUUGUAAUACUAAAUGUGUUACCAUACCAAGCACUUGCUCUGAAAUUUGGGGACUGAGUACACCAAAUACGAUAGAUCAGUGGGAUACAACAGGCCUUUACAGCUUCUCUGAACAAACCAGGUCUCUUGAUGGUCGUCUUCAGGUAUCUCAUCGGAAAGGACUGCCGCAUGUAAUAUAUUGCCGAUUAUGGCGCUGGCCUGAUCUUCACAGUCAUCAUGAACUCAAGGCAAUUGAAAACUGCGAAUAUGCUUUUAAUCUUAAAAAGGAUGAAGUCUGUGUAAACCCUUACCACUACCAGAGAGUUGAGACACCAGUUUUGCCUCCGGUGUUAGUGCCACGGCAUACUGAGAUCUUAACAGAACUACCACCUCUGGAUGAUUAUACCCACUCCAUUCCAGAAAACACUAAUUUCCCAGCAGGAAUUGAGCCACAGAGUAAUUAUAUCCCAGAAACGCCACCUCCUGGAUAUAUCAGUGAAGAUGGAGAAACAAGUGAUCAACAGUUGAACCAAAGUAUGGAUACAGGAUCUCCAGCAGAACUGUCUCCUACUACUCUUUCCCCUGUUAAUCAUAGUUUGGAUUUGCAGCCUGUUACUUACUCAGAACCUGCAUUUUGGUGUUCAAUAGCGUAUUAUGAAUUAAACCAGAGGGUUGGAGAGACCUUCCAUGCAUCACAGCCCUCACUCACCGUAGACGGCUUCACAGAUCCAUCAAAUUCAGAGAGGUUCUGCCUAGGUUUACUCUCUAACGUCAACAGAAAUGCUACAGUAGAAAUGACAAGAAGACAUAUAGGAAGAGGAGUGCGCUUAUAUUACAUAGGCGGGGAAGUUUUUGCUGAGUGCCUAAGUGAUAGUGCAAUCUUUGUGCAGAGCCCCAAUUGUAAUCAGAGAUACGGCUGGCACCCUGCAACAGUGUGUAAAAUUCCACCAGGCUGUAACCUGAAGAUCUUCAACAACCAGGAAUUUGCUGCUCUUCUGGCUCAGUCCGUUAAUCAGGGUUUUGAAGCCGUGUAUCAGCUAACUAGAAUGUGCACCAUAAGAAUGAGUUUUGUGAAAGGGUGGGGAGCAGAAUACCGAAGGCAGACGGUAACAAGCACUCCUUGCUGGAUUGAACUUCAUCUGAAUGGACCUCUACAGUGGUUGGACAAAGUAUUAACUCAGAUGGGAUCCCCUUCAGUGCGUUGCUCAAGCAUGUCAUAAAGCUUUGUCACCAGUCAAGUCCCAUCAAAAGACUUAAUGUACCAACUCUUCUGUCAUAGUAUUUGUGUGUGGUCCCCGUGGACUGUUUACUAUCCAAAAAUUCAAGAGAAAACAGCACUUGAGGUCUCAUCAAUUAAAGCACCUUGUGGAAUCGGUUUCCUAUGUUUGAAUAUUAGAUGGGAAAAUUAGUGUCUAGAAAUACCCUCCCAUAAAGGAGGAGAGAAGAUUUUAAAGACUUACUGAUGUCUUGUUGGGCAUAAAACUGAGUGUCCCAAAGGUUUAUUAAUAACAGUAGUAGUUAUGUGUACAGGUAAUGUAUCAUGAUCCAGUAUCACAGUAUUGUGCUGUUUAUAUACAUUUUUAGUUUGCAUAAAUUAGGUGUGUGUGUGCUGCUUCUUGAUUUAGGCAAUCCUUUAUAAAGUUACAGUACCUAAUCUGUUAUUCCCACUUCUUUGUUAUUUUUGUGUGUCUUUUUUAAUAUAUAAUAUAUAUCAAGAUUUUCAAAUUAUCAUUUAGAAGCAGAUUUCCCUUGUAGAAAAACUAAUUUUUCUGCCUUUUACCAAAAAUAAACUCUUGGGGGAAGAAAAGUGGAUUAACUUUUGAAAUCCUUGACCUUAAUGUGUUCAGUGGGUCUUAAAUAUUCAUUCUUUUUGUGUUUGUUUACUUACUGCUAAAACCUUAUGGAAAUCUUUCCAAACCUCUCCUCCAUUUAUUUCCACUUUUGUCCUGAUACCAAAACAGUGUAGCGUGACAUCCAUCACCAAUAAUGGUUGCACUGAUACCGCCAGCACCAGUUAAUUCUGGGGUGCGGUAACAAAUCAUAUGGAGUAAGUCCCUUUGUCUUAUACCAAAUUUCAGUUUCAGCAGAUGAUAAUAGACUUGUGUAACCUAGCAGUCUUUUGAUUUAUCUUUACACCUCAUAAAAAAUGCACAGGUGGCAGUAUAAUUAUUUUCAGGGAUAU